AUGGCAUCUUCCUCCUCGUCUAACCUUUUCGCCGGCAUAGAACCUCCAACCAAGAGGAGAAAAGUUUCUGAAUCUCCACUUCUAGUUGAUGUAUUUAUUAACCACAGGGGCCCUGACGUCAAGGAAACGCUGGCUCAGAAUCUUUACGAUUCUCUCCUGGAAUCGAAAAUUCGAGUAUUUCUGGAUAAAGAGUUAGAAUCGGGACAGAAAUUUACUCCUGCCAUUGAGAAAGCCAUCCGCUCUGUCUCAAUUCACAUUGCCAUCUUUUCAGAGCAAUACGCCAAGUCUCCUUGGUGUUUGGAUGAGCUUGUUCUAAUGAUAGAAACCAAGGCUACAAUUAUUCCAAUAUUUUAUGAUGUGAAGCCAAGGGAUCUCCGUUUCCGUUACGUAGCUGAAACGGUACUGUAUAGAAAUGCAUUUUGUAAAUAUCGAAAUGAAGGCCUAUACUUGGAAAAACUCGACGGCUGGACACAAGCCCUCGAGAAUGUCUCAUUUAUGAAAGGUUAUGAAUUCAGCAAGGAUAAAGUGGAUAAGGAUAGUUUGAAUAGUGUAGUGCAGGCAGUCAAAAAAGUGUUGGAAAGGAAAAAACCUUUACAUGUUGCAGAUUAUCCUGUGGGGCUUGAAGAUCUGGUGAAUGAAUUCGAAAGGGUUUGUGGACAGCCAGGGGAUAAAGUCAAGAUUGUUGGGAUCUAUGGAAUAGGGGGAAUUGGAAAGACAACUCUGGCAAUUGAAUAUUUCAAUCGCAAGCGUGGUGAGUACGAUGGGUCCUGUUUUCUGUUUGAUGUGGCUGAAAAAGAAUUGCCUGCAUUGCAAUCUAAGCUCCUGAAUGAUCUUGUACUCCCGCACCGAGAUCCUCUAACCAAAUUUGAAGAUACGAUUGAAGGAAAAGGUGAUCUCAAUUAUUAUCUGCCAAAACUCAGCGAGUACCGCUUUCUUAUUGUUUUGGAUAAUAUUGAUGAUAAGAAGCAAAUAGAAGCUCUAUUGGUUAGAGAUGCCCUGAAUCCUCAGAGUCUAGUCAUCGUCACAACCCGUGAUGAGGGGGUGCUCAAAGGCAUUAUUACUACUUCCUAUGAAAUGAAAGAAAUGAAUCCAACGCACAGCACUGAACUUUUCUGUUUGCAUGCAUUCAACCAACGAAUUGCCGAGGAGGGAUACAUGUAUUUAGUUGAGAGUUUUCUGACAGUGUGCAUGGGUUUACCUUUGUAUCUCCGAGUGCUAGGCGAGAUUGUUUGCGGUAGUGAUAAGAGUGAUUGGGACUUACUACUGAAGGAGGUUAGGGAGGAAAUGCGUGGUGAAAUUCAGCAGGUACUUCGGAAAAGCAUUGAAAAUUUGAAUAUUGCUCAGCAACGGAUGUUCUUAGACACUGCGUGCUUCUUCAUCGACAAGCCAAAGAGUAUGGCCAUACAAAUAUGGGAAGUUGCAGAGAGGAGCGUCACGGUCGAACGGAGCCUUCGGACCUUAAAAGAGAAAUCUCUUGUUCAUGCAAGAUUGGAUCGCCAGGGAUUUGAAGAUGGAGAGCAUCCUCUGACAAUGCACGUCCUCAACCGCGAUUUAGGGAGAGAACUAGCAAAGACUUUGAUCCCUCCUACUCGCGUGUGGCAGCCCAAUCAUCUUAAGGUUCUGGAACAAAAGGGGUUUCCAAACAUCCUCAAGCAAGCAAUAGACAGUGAUUACCGAUUUCUCCAUACUUGUGAGUUCUCCAAACAUUUUCAAAUCACAUACUUUAUUGGGAAUGUAGUCAAUUUUGGAAGGCCAGCAACUACCGCUAUAUUAUGGCUUGAGCUUGACCUCAACGGGGGUGAACGCACAACUAUUCAUCCAGCGAUUCCACUGCAAAGUGUGCAAUGCUUAAUAAUUGCUCGAGGACGUCUCACAAGGUUGUGGCAGAAAGAUGCAAAGCAACCUUUGAAUCUGAAACAGCUACAGCUUAAUGAGGUGGAAUGGGUAGAGUGCACAGAGUCAUUAGCAAAGUUGAAGGACUUGGAAAAGCUCGUCCUGGGCGGAAGAAAUGACAACAACAAAAAUAAAAAAAUGAACGCAUCAUCCUUAUCAAAUUCCCUUGGACAACUCCAGAAUCUUAAAGUUUUGGUUUUGAGGCAUUUGGGGUUAAAAGGGGUAGUGGCUUUUAGAAGUAGUACUCCACACUCUUCCAUGAGUAGCCUUCAAAAGCUACAUAUUAGUGACGAAAAACUUGUAAGGAAGGUCACAAUUGAUGGAGCUCGUUGUCCACGGAUUCAAUUUCUCUUCCUUGAAUCCAUGAAAAUAUUGGAGAACAUAGAUUUAUCGCUGCUAACAACACUGGAAUUUCUCCAAGUGAGGAAGUGUCCAAAAUUGGGAAAGAUAUCGGGAAUAUCUGAUCUGCAACAGCUUAAAGUAUUGAGUAUACGUGAAUGUCCUAAUGUAGAAGCGGACAGUAUUGCAGGUCUGAGUUGCCUAGAGAGGAUUGUCAUUGAUAGAUGCCAGAAGCUGAACUGUUUUACAGGUAUUGAACAUUCAGAACAUUUGGGCACCGACAAAUUGAAAUAUCUACAUCUUGCAGCACUUGGCAUUGGUGGUGUACCGAACUGCAUUCGUAAGUUGAAGAAAUUACCAUCGGAGUUCACGACUGUAAUUGGGAAAGCAGCAAAUGAAGCCUUGUCAACUCUAAAAGACAAUCUUUGUUCUGAUCUUAUGGGCGAUGGAGGUAAAAUUCAUAUUACUCAGAAUUGCAUGCCUGAAGCAUCACUGGAAGAGAUCCAGCACUCGUUGAGGGCUGUCAUUCUCUGUGCUUUGAUCCAUAGCAAUGAUGGUGAAUUUCUACAUAUUGACUCGAUUCACACUGAUAUACCAGAAGGAGAGUGGAUCCCUCAUCCUCAUAGCUUGAUUGACUAUUAUAUACCGAAAGGAGAAUGGAUGGUUACAUUUGUAACUAAGGCAAAAAAAAUUGACAGGAUUCCGACUCUGUCCUAUGCUUCUGAAAUUAAAAAGGGGUGUAUAAUAAUGCUGAAAAAUGGCGAAGAAGGAAACGUCUUAUCUUUACUGAAAAAAAUUGUUGAUCAGAUAUAUGAAGCCUAA